GAUAGCUGUCACGGUCAGUGGCCACUGCCGUCCACCUACGUUUGGUCUGAAUCCUCUGCCACCUCGUAGGGUUCUGAUACGGUGGUUGAUUGUUGAGCUCAACGAAGCGAGCUUCAUCGCACCCAUUAUUGUGCAACUUGAAAUCGCAUGGAACCGAAGCAGGCGUCUCACAUUGGACUCCCCGUGAAUGCUCUAUGGACUGGACUCCUCGCACAACUGGCCCGCGCUGUAACGGACAUCCUGCGCUUUGAGUUGCCAUGGUCAAUAUGGCGUCUACUUCCUUCGUCAUUCAGACUCUCCUGCUAUCGUAGGCUUGCAAGCUACAGCCACCGACAGCCGUUCUCCUCGAUUACGCAUCUGCCCUUUGGCUUGAUACUCAAAGAGAAGGACGAGGACCCUCAUUUUGAGGCCAAUAACACCCAAUUUGUGGCUACCCGAACCAAUAUUCCCGUGCCCCGAAUCCUCGAUGUCAUCGAGUUUCCCGCGGCUGACUCACAACCAGGGGGUAUCAUUCUUAUGAACGAGAUAGAAGGGGAUUCCUUAUGGGAGUGGGUAAUCCCGCGAAUACGACGCGUGCCCGAGGCAGCAGCACUCAUCGCGCGAUUGGAAGCAUGCAUGGAAUCCAAUGACCUCGACCCAAUAAUGGGCAUCGCAGCGGAACUGGAGAAGAUGCCUAGGCCGACUGUGGAUAUGUCUGACGACGACCCGCUCGUAAUGGAUCUUCGUCGUGCACUUAACGAACUCAGAGCCCUCGCGCCUUCCUCACAGGCUGUCAGUGGGCUCGACUACCUUCCGCUCUUCGUCAACCGUGCAGGGGAGAAGUACUUCAUGGGCCCGUUCGCGGACCAGACCCAGUUCAAAGAGGCGCUGUUCCGCAAAGUCAGCAACCUCUUCAAGUAUCGCUUACCGGGCUUGCGCGGCCUGGCGGAGCCCGUGUUCGCGAAGACACAUCGCAUCUAUUUCACCCACGCCGAUCUUCACCACAACAAUAUCCUGGUGAAGGACGGCCGUCUCGCCGCGAUCCUCGACUGGGAACACGCGGGAUGGUAUCCGGAGUACUGGGAGCACACGGCGAUGGAGGCGUUGACGAUACGCACGUAUCAGAUGAACGCGUUCUGGGACCAGGUGCAUCUCUUCGGCGAGGGUGCCUACAGGGAUGAACUCAGCCUCGAGUGGGCCCUGUGGGGCUCCACUGGUCUGAUGGGUGUGGUCGGCGAGGACGGUGACGACCUCGGGUGUCCCCGUGUACCCCCGCUGGCAUCUGACGAGAAAGCUCAAUCAUGAAACAUCAUGCAUGCAAUCGAACACCCUGCUGGUCCGCCGGAGUAGGAGGGUUAUUCCACAUCUAUUUGCUUGGCUGCUAUCAUGUCGCUUUUGUGGUUGCGUCGCUCAGUUCAAUGUCGACUCGGAUGUACGUCGCAAACUGUCUUCCGCUCAUGUCCAUUCCCUUUCGGAUACUGUCGAUGACGGAAUCUGUUCGUUCUACCCGCCUGUCUUCAAGUUCGUUAGACAACAACGCUCAACUCAGGGUCACUGACGUCAUUCA